AAGUUUGGUUAGACACUCUAUUUAUAUGCACGCCACAGCUUCUACCUUACACACAAAAACAACACAAGAUAAUAAGACAUAUAGCUUGAGUUUUAAACAGAGAGAGAAUGAGGAUAAGUAGCAGCAUCACGCAGAGGAAGUUAAGCAUAGUGGCGGUGUGGUGGCUGAUAGCAGCAACGUUUGCGAAUGGCCAGAGCGCAAACAACGUGAUGGCUACAUAUAAUCUGUACAACCCUCAACAGAUUGGUUGGAACCUGUUAACAGCGGGUGCCUACUGCGCAACUUGGAAUGCUAACAAGCCUCUUGCAUGGCGUAAAAAAUAUGGAUGGACUGCUUUCUGUGGACCCGCUGGCGCUCAUGGCAGAGAUUCUUGCGGCAAAUGCUUGAGGGUGAGGAAUACUGCAACUGGGGAUGAAGCUACGGUGAGAAUUGUGGACCAGUGUGCUAAUGGAGGACUGGACUUGGAUGUGAAUGUGUUCAGGAGGCUGGACUCUAAUGGACAGGGCAACCAUCAGGGUCACCUUACAGUCAACUACCGCUUUGUCAAUUGCGGUGAUUGAUUAAUUCACUCUCUCAUUAAUCACUUCAGUCUUCAAUUUCGUAAUGGCCAGUGGCCACUGCUGCUAAAUAAGACCAUCAAUGUAAUAGAAUAAAAUAAAGAGUAAAGUACACUCACCCCCCUUAAGGUUUGUUAAAAUUACACUCCACCCCAUUCUUAUCUAAAAUCUACAUCCCACCCCAUUUUAUAUAGAGGCAAAUUUAGUGACGAAAAAUAUUUUUCAUUAAUAAUUAGUUAUUAUUUAAAUUGUUAAUCAAUAAUUUCAAAAAAAAAAAUCAAUAUAAUCCAAUAAAUUUAAAAAUGAAAACAUUACAAUCCUCCUCAUUCUCUCAAUCGCGUUUUUCCUCCGUAAAUUCAUAAUGCAAAUUAUGCAAUAGCACACCUGCCCGAUUUACAAACCAUAUCUCGAACAUAGUGAAACAUGUUUGUGUUUUCAUAUUUGGUAAUAAUUCAAUUUUAAUCAAAAUAAUCUCUUUAUACCUUCAAUUUUCAAAAUUGGGUUGUAGGCAAAAAAAGCAACACAAAUGGGUGAAGAAAAUAGAGAAACAAAAUUAUGAAAAUAUGAAGUGGAUCUGAGGUUAUUAGAGCCCAACGAGGCGGUGGAGCAUCGUUUUUAACAAAAUCCAACAAUAUCUAAGACCAACAGAGCGUUCGCUCACAACUUCAAGGGGUGAAAUUCACAAGAAGUAGUUGAACAAGUGGCUUUAGGGAUGUGUGAUUCACGUUCUGGGGUUCAGGUUGCAACAAAACUUUGAGGCAUGGAGGUGCCAUGGGGUUUCACAUUGUGGGACAGUGGAGCCGUGUUAAAAGGAGUAAAGGCUUGGUGGUGACCGUUUGUGGUCAGAAAUAUGAUUUGGAGAUAGAUGGGACGUGGACUUAACAGACAGAGUGAAUGGUUUUUUUAAAUUUAAUUCAGUAAAAUUAUUUUCAUAAAUUAAUGUAUGAUAGUGUAUAUGCAUUAAAUUUAUUUAAAUUUUUACUAAUUAGUAAUUAGUUUUUAGUAGUGAGGAAUUUGUUUUCGUCACUAAAAUUUGCCUUUAUAAAAAAUGGGGUGGAGUGUAGAUUUUUAAAAAGAAUGGGGUGGAGUGUCAUUCUUGCAAAUCUUGAGGGGGGUGAGUGUAUUUUACUCUAAAAUAAAAGUACAAGCGGUUCUAGUUGGAAGUGCUUGUCUCUGUUUCAUCAUCCACUAAAUAUAGCUUACUAUAUAUAUUUGGAUUUGGACUUCACCUCCUUCUCUAACGCCCUCUCUCUAUAAUUUUGUCGUUUGUUUUCCCCUUAUGGACUAUGGUGUUUUCUAUUUCACCAAUAAAACAAUA